AUGCCAACGCACAAGGAUGCUUCUGUCAGUGCCAUUGAGGAGAAUGAUCAAGGCAAAUUGAUCCGUAAGGUUGAAGAGAUUCAAACCCCUAUCACCAGGAUAGGAGCACAGUUGUUGAAAAGUGGUCUAAUCCCUGAGGAGCUAAUUGCUCAAGAGAACGAUGAAGGGUUGAGGAAUUUUAUACAACAAAUGUUAGACCGGGGCGAGUUACAGAUAAAUUGUCGUGUCAAGAGCAAGCUCCAGGAAGAGAUAGUCGUGGUGGACAUCCCUUAUGAUGAGGUUAAAGUAGAAAUACCUAUAAGCCCAUUGGUGAUAGAGUUCCCAGCACCAUUCAAAUAUAAAGAUGAGAAGGCAGUCCCAUGGAUAUAUCAACCCAGAGCUUUUAAGCAGGGGCAAGAAGAUCAACCUUUGAUGAUCAACGAACCAAAUGUCACUUCAAUUAUGGGGCCAGCAAUAAUGACGCGUAGUGGCCGAGUGUUCGCACCGAGAACUGCUGAUAUUUCUGCAAAGACUAAAGGGAAGGAAGCUGUUGUCCAGAUCCCCAUCCCUAAUCAAGAAAUGCAAGACAUGCACCUGUCCCCUAAAGCUGCAGUCACUCGUGAAGAGGCUGAGGAAUUUCUGAGGAUAAUCAAGAAGAUCGAUUAUAAGGUGGUGGACCAGCUAAAUCAAACACCUUCCAAAAUAUCCAUGUUAUCUCUACUGCUCAACUCAGAAGCCCACAGGAAUUCGUUGUUAAAAGUAUUAAGCACCGCACAUAUCACGAAGGAUAUAACAAUAGAACAGUUUCAUGAUGUGAUAGCUUAUGUGACCACUGGGAAUUUCUUGGGUUUUAAUGAUGAUGAAUUGCAAAUCGAGGGAAAGAACCAUAACAAGGCCCUCCAUAUCUCCUUGAAAUGCAUAGACACUAUACUAUCAAGGGUAUUAGUGGACACAGGUUCCUCAUUGAAUGUCAUGCCUAAGACAACUUUCAUAAAGCUACCAAUGGAAGAGAUAAGUAUGAAGCCCAACACCCUAAUCAUAAAGGAAUUUGGUGGCUCAAGGCGAGCAGUGAUAGGAGAGGUUGACUUACCAACCAAGAUAGGUCCAACUAUUUUCAAUAUCACAUUCCGGGUCAUUGACAUACAUCCCGGUUAUAGUUUCCUACUUGGGAGACCCUGGAUUCAUUCCGCAGAGGUGGACGGUGAAAUCACUGAGACACCAUUCCAAUCCUUGGAAGUGGUAAAUAUGAUGGCCAUCCAACAGACCUUGGAGACCCCGAAAUCAGGACCAUCCAUGGCCUCGUGGCAAGGAGCUAAAGCUGUUAUGGAAAGUGAAGAUGCUCAAGACUGGGGCAAAGUGGUGGAAGUGAAAGAGAAACGAGACAAGUUUGGCCUGGGGUAUGACCCAUCAUCACACAAAGCCGGUAACCAACCUGACAAAGAGAAGAUUCCUUCUGUAGAGAAAACGUUCACCAACGCUGGCCACAUCUUUGGCAAGCAGGUGGCAAUGAUCAGUAAAGAAGACUGCGAAGAGGGAGUGUCUAGCUGGAUGCAUCAAUCCGCAUCUAAUGAAGAACUAACAAAAUGGAAGUAUGGUUUUGAUUGUCCAAUCUACCAAGAUGAAGACGAAGUGGGGGAAGAUUGCGAACUCCCUGAACAGUUGGCCAAAUUACUCAGACAAGAAGAGAAGGUCAUUCAACCACACCAGGAAGACGUUGAAGUUAUCAAUAUGGGAACAGAAGAAGACAAGAGAGAAGUAAGGGUAGGCGCCGCACUUCAAGAUACAGUGAAGAUAAGAUUGAUAGAGCUCCUCCACGAAUAUGACGACGUGUUUGCUUGGUCAUACUAG